AUGGGACCAGACGUAUUCCCAUCACCACCCGAACUAGAGAGGGCACACUGCACAGGACUGGCCACCGGAAAAUUCCCUAGGCCAUUCAUCACCUCCUUUCAUCGUUACCGGGAUAAGGAAGCGGUGUUGCGAUGGAGCAGACACAAUCAGAUGAAGUUUGAGGGCAACGUAUUACGAGUCCACCCGGACCUGAGUGCUGCUCUGGGGAAGGAGUUUAAACCUAUUAAAGCACUACUCUAUACAAAGGGGGUGCAGUUCCAUUUGCUAAACCCAGCUCAGCUGAAGAUUGUUCCUAAUGGAGAGAGCCGCAUGUUCAGCUCCAGUGAAGACGCCACUGUCUACUACAAGCAGUACAUAGCCUCUGGCUGA